CUCUCCCUGUUUCCGGAUCGGCCCUGGCCCCCAGCCCUUAUCUCCUCCAGCCCCUGGGCUGUUUGUGAAGGAGACUAUAAAGGGCUUGACUGGGAGAGCAGAGGGGGAGUAAAAGCAGCACCCAACCACACUAGGUGUCUGCUUGACUCAGCACGUCCUGCUCCGCACCAUGGGGAAAAAUGGGCUGCUCAUCAAGCCAAGUAUCUUCCUGCUUCUUCUCUUCAUCCUUCCGGGAGACACCUCACCCAUCACAGAGCCGCAGUAUUUGGUGCUACUGCCCUUCGUGAUACACACGGAUUCUCGUGAGAAAGUCUGUGUUCAGCUGACCCACCUGAAUGAGUCUGUGACUCUGAGUGCCACACUCGAGCAUCAAGGGGAGAACAGGAGCUUGAUUGAUGAUGUGGUGUCAGAGAGAGAUGUGUUCACCUGCAUCCCUUUCUCUCUUCCAAAAUCAAACAGCCCGUUACCAGGCACAUUUCUCACUGUGACAGUGAAGGGGCCCACCCUGCAGUUCAGGAGUCGCAAGAUGGUGCUGGUCCAGAAUUCUGAGAGCUUGGUCUUCGUCCAGACAGACAAACCCAUCUACAAGCCUGGACAGACAGUCCUGUUUAGAAUUGUUUCUCUGGAUGAAGAGUUCCAUCCCUUGAAUGAAGUGUUUCCACUGGUGUAUAUUGAGGACCCAAAGAAAAAUCGUCUAUACCAAUGGACACAGGUAGAGUUAAAGAUGGGAUUUAUACAGCUGUUCUUCAACCUCACCUCUGAACCUGUGCAAGGGACCUACACAGUUGUGGCACAGAAGACCUCUGGGAAGACAAUUCAGCAUUCUUUCUCUGUGGAGGAAUAUGUGCUGCCAAAAUUCGAAGUAAUAGUGAAAAUGCCCAAGGUGAUCACCAUUCUUGCUGAGAAGCUGGAGGUGACAGUUUGUGGACUAUACACAUUUGGGAAGCCUGUUCCUGGUCUCGUGAGCUUCCGUGUCUGCCGGAAGUUUGAACACACAGGCCGUACCUGCUACGGUGAAGAGGACAAAGCAGUGUGUGAGGAGUUCUCUGGACAUGCAGACAACUAUGGCUGCAUUUCUGAAACAGUAAAGACCAAGUUAUUCCAGCUGAAGAGAGGUGGAUAUGAGAAUAAGCUCCAUGUGGAGGCUAAGAUUAAAGAGGAGGAUACAGGAGUGGAGUUCACUGGAACAAGCUUUUCUGAGAUCACAAGCACCAUUAGUAGAAUCACCUUUGAGCAUUCAGACUCCUACUACAAACGUGGAAUCCCCUUCUUUGGGCAGGUGAAAUUAGUGGAUGGGUCUGGUGCUCCAAUCGCCAAUGAAACUGUGAGGAUUUCUUUUCAAGGGGAACAGGAAAAAAACUAUACAACAAAUGAAGAGGGCAUGGCACAGUUUGCCCUAAACACUUCCAUGUUGUCCUUUGACACUGUUGGAAUUAGGGCAAUUCAUAAAACACACCCCUUCUGCUAUGAUCGUUCCUGGGUUGUUCCAUAUUAUGCAGACGGCUAUCUCCAACUAAAGCGCUUUUACUCUCCUAGUAAUAGCUUCCUCAAAAUUGAGCCCAAGUCUGAGGCACUAAGCUGUGGCUCCUCCACAGAGAUCCGGGUGCAUUAUAUCCUUACUCCGGAGGCCAUAGCAGAGCAGAAGAAAAUCACCUUUUAUUACCUGGUGAUGGCCAAGGGAAACAUUAAGCAAGCAGGCACCCACAUUCUGGAUUUGGACCAGGAGAGUGCUAGUGGUGUCUUCUUGCUACAGCUGCCUGUACAAGCUGAUAUUGCUCCAGUGGCCCAAGUACUUGUUUACACCACUGCCCCCAGCAGGGAGGUGAUCGCUGAUUCAGCCAAGUUCUACAUAGAAUUAUGUUUCAACAAUAAGGUGGACUUAAACUUCUCUCCUUCAGAAGGCCUGCCUUCCUCUGAUGCUCACUUGCUGUUCCGAGCCUCCCCAAACUCCCUCUGUGCUGUCCGUGCUGUGGACAAGAGUGUUCUCCUCAUGAAGCCAGAAGCUGACCUGUCACCUGCCUCUGUGUAUAACUUACUGCCAGUGAAGGAAUUGCAUGGCUAUCAGCAUGGUCCAAACAUGCUCUUCGAGGAUCCCCUGGACAAUUGCAUUCCCGUGAAGCAAAUAGUUGUGGAUGGGAUCACCUAUGCUCCAGUAAUGGGGAUGAAUGAAGAGGACACUUAUAGCAUCCUAAAGGAUAUGGGUUUAAAGGUUUUCACAAAUACGAAGGUGAGGAAACCUUGGUACUGCAGCCCUGAUAAUUACGCCAACCCCUUCUUUCGACAUGCCGGCCUUGCAGCACCUUCAGUCGCAGCUGGAGCACCUAUGUAUGCAAUGAGGACAAGUGGUAUUGUGGGGGAUACAGUUUAUGAGACCUCAAGUAUUCCUGAAGUGGUGACAGAGACAGUCCGAAAGUAUUUCCCAGAAACCUGGAUUUGGAGUUUAGUACCUAUAAGCUCUGAGGGAAAUGCUGAUCUAGAUGUGACCAUCCCUGACACCAUCACCGAGUGGAAAGCCAAUGCAUUCUGCACUUCAGCAGACACAGGCUUUGGCCUGUCCCCGACAGUGUCCUUCAGGGCCUUCCAGCCCUUCUUUGUUGAGCUCACCAUGCCCUACUCUGUAGUGCGUGGGGAGUCCUUCACACUGAAAGCCACUGUUUUCAACUACCUGACCGCCUGCAUCAGGGUCAGCGUGACUCUGGCUCAGUCUACUAAUUUCCUGACUAUUCCAGUGGAAAAGGAUGAAGUAUCUCACUGUCUUUGUGAGAAUGGGAGGAAAACCGUGGCUUGGCUGGUGACUCCAAAAUCUCUAGGGCAGGUGGAGUUCUCGGUGAGCACUGAGGCCCUACAGAACCAGCAGCCCUGCGGGAACUACAUUGUGGAGACCCCUGAGAAAGGGAGGAAAGACACAGUCAUCAGACAGCUGCUGGUGGAGCCGGAAGGAGUUGAGAAGGAAACAACCCAGAAUUCUGUGCUCUGUGUAAAAGGAGUGCCUGUGAAAGAGAAGAUUUCCCUGUUGCUACCCACAAAUGUGGUACAAGACUCAGGCAGAGCAUAUUUCUCAGUGCUGGGUGACAUCAUGGGCACUGCCAUGCAGAACCUGCACCAGCUCCUCCAGAUGCCAUUUGGCUGUGGAGAGCAGAACAUGGUCCUGUUUGCACCCAACAUCUAUGUCCUGGACUAUCUGAACAAGACAGGGCAGCUGAGUGAGGAGGUCAAAUCCAAGGCCACUGGAUACUUAGUGAGCGGUUAUCAGAGGCAGCUGAACUACAAACACACAGAUGGGUCUUACAGUACCUUUGGACCACGUUAUGGCCAACCAGGGAACACCUGGCUCACAGCUUUUGUCCUCAAGUCCUUUGCCCAGGCUCGGCAUCAUGUCUUCAUAGAUGAGAAGCACAUCCAGGAUGCUUUUGUCUGGCUGUCCUACAAACAGAAGGAGAAUGGAUGUUUCCAGAGUUCUGGGACACUCCUGAACAAUGCCAUGAAGGGUGGAGUAGACAACGAGGUCUCGCUGACAGCCUACAUCACUAUUGCGUUGCUGGAGAUUCCUCUGCCUGUAACUCACUCAUUGAUAAGGAAUGCUCUGUUCUGCCUGGAAACAGCGGCAGAUCAGAAAGAAAACCAUGUGUACACCAAGGCACUGCUAGCAUAUGCAUUUGCCCUGGCAGGGAAAACAGAUAAGCGGAAGACAUUGCUUGACUCACUUGAAAAGGAAGCCGUGAAAGAGGGUGAGUACUCCUGCUGGGACAUCUCUUCCAUUGGCGUUACAUCUUCCCUUGAUAAAAUGGCUUUUGUUGGUGGGACAAUCUAG